CCCUGACAAAAAUGCCCAUGUGGUCAGGUCUAGGCGAGCAGCGAGCGAGCGAGGCGAGCGCGAGCAAUGGGAAGUAGCAGUAGAGGGGAAGAUCAGUCGAACGAGAUGGCGGAGCUGAGCAAAACCCUAAAGGAAGGCGAGCGGCUCCUCGCCCCCAGCCGGCGCCCCGACGGCACCUACCGGAAGCCCAUCCGCAUCCGCGCCGGCUACGUCCCCCAAGAGGAAGUCGCCAUUUACCAAUCCAGAGGUGCUCUGUGGAAGAAGGAGAUCGCUUCACAGGAGCCUCCAGGCUAUGACCCAUCAUUGGAUGCAAAGCCUAAAACAAAGGCUGCAAAGAGGAACGAGAGAAAAAAGGAAAAGCGGCUACAGGCUGCUCUUGAUAAAGGUAAAAAUGUAGAAGCAGAUGUAGCUGGGAGCAUUGAUGAAGAGGAAAGACAUCCUAAUGAAGUCUCCAGUCAUGGACAAGAAUCUGUUAAACCGCUGACAACUCAGAUGAAUGAGCUCACUGUAUCUGCAAAUUCUGCCGGAACCAUCUCUUCCUCGGAUCCACAGGAGGGAACUAAUGUCAGCUGCCCAAGUCAAGAAAUUGAUAAAAGAAUUCGAGCACUUAAGAAGAAGAUUCGAUUAGCAGAAGGUCAAAAUCAGAAAACCCCACAGAAAGAUUUGAAGCCAGAGCAAUCGGAGAAAUUGACAAAGGUAGAAGCUUGGCGGCAGGAGCUAAAGCUUCUUGAGGAUAAGAAGGCUGAAUUGGUGACGUCGUGAAUUUAUUCUUGUAUUUGGCAUGAGAGAACUGUGCAGUUACAUUGUCCAAGCAAAAGCUAAGGUGGGGAGAGAGAGACUCCCCAUGAUGAAGAGCAGGUGUACUUCAAAAUCAUCUAAGUUGGCAGCGGUGAUGAUGCUGGGCCUCUCCAUAUCUGAUGUCAAAUUUGGUUUUCUCAUAAUUUUUUUUUAUUUUAAUUUUUCCUUUUUUCAUACGUUGGUCCUUGAAUUUAUUACUAAUUUAGAUGUUAAGUCAUGCCUCUCACGAGAGGCCGUAGGAUGAAUAUGCAUUGCGACACAGCGGAUUCAGAAA